AUGACGUUCAUUGCGGUGUCGAUACACUCCAUAUUCCUAGCAUUGAGCUUAUCCUGCAGUCCAUCGACACACGGAACCACCGCUUGGCACCAUCACAGCAAUCACAGUUGUCAUGGUUGUGCAGAAGCGCGGGAUGAGUUGGCCAAGAUACGGCUGGAACUGAUUAAACGUGAAAUUCUGGAGAAGCUUGGUUUGGACGCACCACCACAAGUGCGACCACAAGAUGGUUUCCCAGCAAUUCCACAAGUUGCCAAGUAUUUGAAGUAUCAGUUACGACAUGAUUCAGUAACAACUUCUGUGCAUACAUCAUUUCUGGCUGAUGAACUGAUGUUGCCUGAACGUAAAGCAGAGCGAACGAUCGUAUUAGCCGAAAGGACGUCAACUCGCUUCAACCUGAACCCGAACCAAGUUCUUGCACAUUUCAAGUUCUCCGAUGAGCUGAUGUCGAAACUGCUACUAUCCGCUGUACUUAACAUAUAUCUACGGAAGCCAACCAAGCUUCAUCCUGAUUCACGCAUUGCGACAGUCCAAGUACUGGUCAAGGAGGUCGUCAAGAAUGGCUCGAUUGGCGCAGCUCUGGCAGAGCGCAAACGUCACGUUGAUCUUAGCAAGGAUGGUUACAUACAAAUCCCAAUACGUGUUGACGACGUACAGCGGUGGUGGAGUGGUAAUGAUUUCAUGGGUUUAUACGUGGAAGCAUUUUACAAAGGCGAGAAUUUGGCUAUUCAUCCACAACAGGAUUCCAAAAAUAUGAUGUAUCUCGAGUUGACAACUGUAGAGGAGUGGGGUCGCCGCAAACGUAGCUAUCAGGAAGUGUGUACGAAAGAGAUGAACGAACCGUCCUGUUGCCUGUACAGUUUAGUUGUGGAUUUCGAAGCUGCCGGCUGGGACUUUGUUAUUGCUCCCAAACUGUACGAUGCGCACAUGUGCAGCGGGGAAUGUCGUCUUCACCAUGCUGGCCGUUCCGCCCACAGCAAAAUCACUUCAUCGACAAAAAAAAACGCUGUGAGUGGCUGUUGUCAUCCGACAGAGUACGACCCGAUAACGUUGGUCUACAUGACGCAAGAGAAGGAGCUGAAGAUCCGCGAAGUGCCAGGCAUGAUUGCCCGGCGGUGUGCCUGUGCUUGA